AGAGAAGAAAGAAGAAAAGGACGACGACAACGGCGAGGACAACGACGAAGACAAGAAUGAGGAGGACCGUGGAAGGGGUGGAAAGAAGAAUAUCAAAGCUAAGAUGUCUAUUUUAAAUGCUUCUUGGUAGGAUAUUUUUUAUAUCCAUUUUUAGCCAUUUUCUUUUGUGACUUGAUCUUCACUCCCUUCUUUUGCACGACUCCCUUCUGUUUUUAUCUUCACACCCCCCCCCUCCCCCUCGCCACAUUCUCAGGUGUUUGUGAGAAAAACUUAAGACAAUGGCGUUUGUCCGACUUGGAAAGCAAAAGAGAGAAACUCGAAUAUAGUUUUGACAUUUAAAGAGCACUGUAACCCUCUUGACACCAUCGAUAUGAAAAAGUCAGGGACGAAAACCAGGCACCUUUGAAGUACCGGGUAAAGUGAUACUUGUAAAAAAAAAUCUCAGAUUGUCGAAUGCACGAAGAUACUUUUUCGCCAUAAUAUUAAUUAUUCUCUAACAGGCAUUAUAUUUCUUUAUGACGUAAUCCUUCUAUUCCUGGUACGGCAUAUAUGUUACGCUCUCCUUUCCCCGUGUGCUAGGAAGAGUAGUCAAUUACUUUUUUUUCUCGAUUUACGAACUGUUUCCACGCUUAAUCAUGAAAAAUAAUCGGAUCAGAUAUUCUGAAGUAUGGUCUCCAGUAUUCCAUUAGUGUUUCAUUCUUUCUUUACCCCAUCCAGCAACCAGGUCACCAUAGAGAAAACCCCAGCAUAUGUUAUCACCCCAAACGCCAGGGAACAGAUGAAGGAACAUUUCCCAAACAUAAAACUGAUUGUGUUGGUCAGGGAUCCUAUUGUCCGAAUUCUCUCAGCCUAUGCCCAGAGGAUAACGAAGUCACCGGUAUCGUUGGAGAACUUCUACAACAUUGAAGGAUCUGACGCCAUCAGCGAAAACAAAUACCCCGUGGUGGUGAGCACGUAUUAUAAGCAUCUCGCACCGUGGUUUGACACCUUCAAUCGUAGCCAGAUCCUGGUUCUAAAUGGAGAUGAUCUGAUUUCCAAGCCGUUAGCAGUCAUGCAGAGGGUGGAGGAGUUUCUAAAGAUACCCAAACUAUACACGGAUGACAACUUUUACAAAAACGAGACGUCUGGUUUCUUCUGCUAUAAGGGUUUUGAUGAAAAUGAACAAGUGCACUGUCUCGGUGGGUCCAAAGGCAGACCCCAUGAGACACUCCCAGCAGACGAAGAGAAAAAACUUUACAAAUACUUCCGUCCUCACAACGAAAAAUUAUUUAGUUUAAUACAGCAGAGAUUCGAGUGGCCACAAAAGUCAUAAACUCUGUCCAGAUUUGUAUAAGGGUAAUACAAUUUUUAAAAAACAACAACAAAGAAAAACCGAUACUGGUAUGAGGUUCGAAAAACAAUCACUUUCCCCUAAAAUAAAUCAAUUUUUAAAAUCUCAUUGUCUGUUGCAUCGUAAUUUAAGCAUUUAAAUUUGAAGGUCUCACUACAAAAAAAAAAUCCCCGACAUAAAUAGCAACUGAUCACUGUUGUGACUUUGCUUGAUCUCUAUUGAUACGGUAACUCUUUACCAAAGUAAUUGUCACUCAAUUGGAGGAC